AUGUGGGACGUGUUGCAGGCCCUUCAUGUGCAACAGACAGCGGGAUCCAAAUUGUGUCUGGCAAGGAAGCUGUACCAGAUGUGCUUAACGGAUGAGUGCACUAUGACUGAGCAUCUCACAGAAUUCCGGCGCUUAUUCGCUGAGUUAGAGGAUAGAGGGAUGGAUCAUAGUAUUCUUCAAAAAGUCUAUAUUGUCCUGGCGUCCCUGGAUGAGUCUUGGAACAAUUUCGUGAUGGCCAUGGAAGCCAUGCCCGAUGGCGGAUUAAAUUUGGACUUCAUCGAAGAAAAAUUGAACCAGGAAUGGCAGAGACGACAAGAGAAGAAAAAGACUGAGCUGCAAGCUGUCAAAACCCUCGCCGCCGCCGGUCCUGGGGACGUUGACGAGACUCUAGGGAAGGUAAGUGUUAAGUCGUCGUUGGUUCAGGUGAUACGUGGGGAUGGCGGCGGGGUCAGGUCCGCUUGUAGCUGGGAACCCUUAAUGCCGGGAUUGCGGGUAGAGAAUGAGGAAGGCUGCCGGGAGCUGGCUGCCGCUACACAAAAUGGCCGCUACCUAAAACGGCCGCCAUCUUGUCCUCGCUGCUGCACGUUCGCUCCGAGAUACAAAAUGGCGGCGGCCGCCGAGACCGGGUUUUGUUUUUCCCUAUCCUGCCAAUUUAUUAUUCUUUUGAAGAUUCUUCAUUGUCAAGCCGCCAAAGUGGAGAGUGCGAUUGCAGAAGGGGGUGCUUCGCGUUUCAGUGCUUCUUCGGGCGGAGGAGGAGGUAGGGGUGCACCUCAGCACUAUCCCAAGACUGCCGGCAACAGCGAGUUCCUGGGGAAAACCCCAGGGCAAAACGCUCAGAAAUGGAUUCCUUCACGAAGCACUAGACGAGAUGACGACUCCGCAAAUGACAAAGAAAGACAUGAUGCAAUCUUCAGGAAAGUAAGAGGCAUAUUAAAUAAGCUUACUCCUGAAAAGUUUGACAAGCUAUGCCUUGAGCUCCUCAAUGUGGGUGUAGAGUCUAAGCUCAUCCUAAAGGGGAUCAUACUGCUGAUCGUAGACAAAGCCCUUGAAGAGCCAAAAUAUAGCUCGCUAUAUGCUCAACUAUGUCUGCGACUGGCAGAAGAUGCACCCAACUUUGAUGGCCCAUCAGCAGAGAGUCAUCCAGGACAGAAGCAAAGCACAACAUUCAGACGCAUCUUAAUUUCUAAACUUCAAGAUGAAUUUGAAAACCGCACCAGAAAUGUUGAUAUCUAUGAUAAGCAUGAUGCCCCCCUCCACCCCGAGGAGGAGGAACAGAGAGCCAUUGCUAAGAUCAAGAUGCUGGGAAACAUCAAAUUCAUUGGAGAACUUGGCAAGCUUGAUCUUAUUCAUGAAUCUAUCCUUCAUAAGUGCAUCAAAACACUUUUGGAAAAGAAGAAGAGAGUCCAGCUCAAGGAUAUGGGAGAGGAUUUGGAGUGCCUCUGUCAGAUAAUGAGGACAGUAGGACCUAGACUAGACCAUGCAAAAGCCAAGUCCUUAAUGGAUCAGUACUUUGCCCGUAUGCGCUCCUUGAUGAUGAGUAAGGAAUUGCCGGCAAGGAUUCGUUUCCUGCUGCAGGAUACUGUGGAGUUGAGAGAACACAAUUGGGUUCCUCGCAAAGCUUUUCUUGACAAUGGACCAAAGACUAUCAAUCAAAUCCGUCAAGAUGCAGUGAAAGAUCUAGGAGUUUUUAUUCCUCCUCCUAUGUCUCAAGGGAUGAGAAGUGACUUCUUUCUGGAGGGACCGUUCAUGCCACCCAGGAUGAAACUUGACAGGGAUCCACUUGGAGGGCUUGCUGAUAUGUUUGGACAAAUGCCUGGUAGCGGAAUUGGUACUGGUCCAGGAGUUAUUCAAGAUAGAUUUUCACCCACCAUGGGGCGACAUCGGUCAAACCAACUUUUCAAUGGCCAUGGGGGACAUCUCAUGGCUCCUGCUCAAUCUCAGUUUGGAGAACUAGGCAAAUCCUUCUUGAAAAAUCCAGUGCAAAGCCAACUAUACCAUAAUCAGAAUCAGGGACUUCUAUCCCAGCAACAAGGACAGUCCAAGGAUAUGCCACCACGGUUUUCUAAGAAAGGACAACUUAAUGCAGAUGAGAUUAGCCUGAGGCCUGCUCAAUCUUUCCUAAUAAACAAAAACCAAGUGCCAAAGCUUCAGCCCCAGAUAACUAUGAUUCCUCCUAGUGCACAGCCACCACGUACUCAGACACCACCUUUGGGACAGCCGCCUCAGCUUGGUCUCAAGACAAAUCCACCACUUAUCCAGGAGAAACCUGCAAAGACAACUAAAAAGCCACCACCUUCUAAGGAAGAGUUGCUCAAGUUAACAGAAGCUGUUGUAACUGAAUAUCUGAAUAGUGGAAAUGCCAAUGAUGCUGUCAACGGUGUGAGAGAAAUGAGGGCACCAAAACACUUCAUUCCUGAGAUGCUAAGCAAAAUAAUACUUCAAUCAUUAGAUCGAUUGGAUGAAGAUAAAGAAAAAGCAAGUGCGCUAAUCAGUUUACUUAAGCAGGAAGGGAUAGCCACUAGUGACAACUUCAUGCAGGCAUUCCUAAAUGUAUUGGACCAGUGUCCUAAACUGGAGGUGGAUAUCCCUCUGGUAAAAUCCUAUCUAGCACAGUUUGCAGCCCGUGCCAUAAUUUCAGAACUAGUGAGCAUCUCGGAACUAGCUCAACCAUUGGAAAGUGGCACCCAUUUCCCCCUCUUCUUGCUUUGCCUUCAGCAGUUAGCUAAGCUACAGGACCGCGAAUGGCUAACAGAACUCUUCCAACAGAGCAAAGUCAAUAUGCAAAAGAUGUUGCCAGAGAUUGACCAGAAUAAGGAUCGUAUGCUGGAGAUCUUGGAAGGGAAAGGACUUAGCUUCUUGUUUCCGCUUCUAAAACUGGAAAAGGAGCUUUUAAAGCAAAUAAAGUUGGACCCAUCUCCUCAAGCAAUCUAUAAAUGGAUUAAAGACAACAUUUCACCAAAACUUCAUGUAGAUAAGGGAUUUGUUAAUAUUUUGAUGACCAGUUUCUUGCAGUAUAUUUCUAGUGAAGUAAACCCAUCUAAUGAUGAACCAGAUUCUUCAUCUGCUCCUUCUAAAGAGCAGUUGGAGCAAGAAAAACAGCUGCUUCUUUCCUUUAAGCCGGUAAUGCAGAAGUUCCUUCAUGACCAUGUUGAUCUACAAGUGAGUGCCCUGUAUGCGCUCCAAGUGCACUGCUACAACAACAAUUUUCCAAAAGGCAUGUUACUGCGCUUCUUUGUUCAUUUCUAUGAUAUGGAAAUCAUUGAAGAAGAAGCUUUUCUGGCAUGGAAAGAAGAUAUUACUCAAGAGUUUCCAGGGAAGGGAAAAGCUUUGUUCCAGGUAAACCAGUGGCUGACCUGGCUGGAAACUGCUGAGGAAGAAGAAUCUGAAGAAGAAGCUGACUAAACCAGCCAAAGCCUUAAAUUGUGCAAACAUACUGUUGCUAUGAUGUAACUGCAUUUGACCUAACCACUGCGAAAACUCAUUCCGCUGUAAUGUUUUCACAAUAUUUAAAGCAGCAGUAGGUCAAUAGGACUUGCUUCUGCGUAAGGGUUUUUGUAGUACGUCUUAAUCAUAGUCUACCAUAAAAAUAUUUUAGAGUAUAUUUAAUGUUUAGAUAACAGUGUAUUAGCAGCAUGCAAUAAUUACAUCAUAAGUUCAGAAGCAGUCUGUGUAAGGAUCUUCUUUGAUGCCAGUUACCAUAGGCUGUUUGUUAGAAAUCUGAAUAGCAACACUGAAUACUGUAGAAAUGCACUUUGCUCAGUGUAAUACUUGAGUUGUUGCAAUAUUUGAUUAUCCAUUUGGUUGUUACAGAGAAUCCUUAACUGUAAUCGAUGGUGGUUGCCGUAAUAGUAUAUUGCCUGUAUUUCUACCUCUAGUAAUGGGCUUUAUGUGCUAGAUUUUAAUAUCUUUGAGCCUGGGCAAGUGCACAAGUCUUUUUAAAAAGAAACAUGGUUUACUUGCACAAAAAUGAUCAGUUUGAAGAGGUGGAUAAAUGCCCUUGGAAGUGGUCUUUGUGGGUGUGAAACAAAAUGGUGAGAAACUGAAUUGGUCCCUAUUAUAGUAUUGAAAUUAAGUCUACUUAAUUUAUCAAGACAUGUUCAUGCCCUGAUUUUAUAUACUUGUAUCUAUCAAUAAACAUUGUGAUACUUGAA